UUAUUUAUUCAGUCUUUUGCUGACUUCCAGUGGGUGCAGUGGUGCCUGUUGAUUCGCGCGUAUUUCGUAAUGCUUUACCUUCACACUCAUAAUCUUAUCCAAUAUUGCCAUUGAGCGAUAAGUUAUCAUUUACUGUGACACGAUGAUAAAUAAAUUUACAGCACUUGCGAGUUGUGCGACUCAGUAGUGAUUAAAUAUUGUGUAUUGGUGAAUAAUGAGUGCGCAUUAACGUUAGCUUACUAAAAGUUUAUUUUAAUUUAUAUACAGUUUUAAGUGAUUUUGCACAAAAAUGUCAUUAUUUAAGAAGAAGGCACCAAAAUAUAACCCUCCCCCCGCGCCGAUGCCCGCGGAAGACAUUGAUAAUCAUCAAAGUAACGGCUUGGACAAUAACAAUGGUUCACAGAAGUCACAACUAGUGUUCCACUGUCAACAGGCGCAAGGCAGCCCACUCGGCCUCAUAUCUGGAUUUUCUAACGUAAAGGAACUUUAUCAGAAGAUAGCGGAAUGUUACGACUUUCCUCCGGAAGAUAUCCUAUUUUGCACGCUCAAUACCCACAAAGUAGACAUGAGGAAACUCCUUGGAGGCCAAAUAGGAUUAGAAGACUUCAUUUUCGCACACAGAAAAGGAAGACCUAAAGAAAUCGAAAUAGUUAAAACUGAAGAUGCUCUUGGAUUAACAAUAACAGAUAACGGUGCUGGAUAUGCCUUUAUCAAAAGGAUAAAAGAAGGUUCCAUUGUUUCGAGAAUACCGCAUAUAGAGGUCGGCGAUCAUAUUGAGAAGUUGGACGGAGAAAAUAUGAUCGGCAAGAGGCAUUACGAAGUCGCUAAAUUAUUGAAGGAAAUACCAAAAGGUACCACAUUCACAAUUCGUCUCGUCGAACCCUUGAAGAGCGGCUUUGGUAGCAUCGGACCAAAGACAAGUGGCGCGAGAGCGGGAAGAAAAAGUAACUAUGGGUCGGGUAAAGAAACUCUCAGAUUCAAAGCAAAUGGCCCGGCGACGAUAGAGAACGAGCACGACGAGAGAUCACAAGCUGGGAUAGAUAAAAUAAAUGGCCUGUUGGAAUCUUUUAUGGGAAUAAAUGAUACAGAACUGGCAACACAGAUGUGGGAUAUAGCGGAGGGUAAAACGAAUUCAAUGCAACUGGCUGAAGCCAUAGACAACAGCGAUUUACAAGAGUUUGGAUUCACGGAUGAAUUUAUCAUAGAACUUUGGGGUGUGAUAACGGAUGCUAGAUCUGGCAGACUAAAUUAGAUAAAUGAAAUAUGCCAUGGCUGUUCAUUAUUUAUUUAAAAGAAAGCUAAAUGUUAGCUAUAUAAUUUUAAUGUAUAUGUUUAGCUUAAUAGAGGCAAACUACGUUCUUAGCGGUAUAGUUAAAUUGCAUUUAAAAUUAUGUAUUUUACGUUAUAGGUAAUUUACCUAACGUUGUCAUUCUGAAAUAUUUUUGGGCAAUAUAAAAGCAAAAAAUAUAUACAUGAUCUAAGUAUAAAACUUUUAACAACAGAUUAUAAAUCUCGAGAAGUUAAUGUGUUUGUUUUUCUCGCUAUGUUUAUUAAAAAAUAAUAUUUAGUUCAAAAUGGAGUUGAGUACAAAAUAAUAGAACAAGUCAAUUAUAUUUCAAUUUAAAAAGUUAAAGACCAAAAUAGAAGGGACAUGAUUGAAAAAAUAUGUUAAAAAGAAUUAACGUCAAAAUAUUGGAACUAUAUUAAACACCAAAAUUCGAAGUUAUAAUUUAACGAAAUUGCACUAUAAAAUGAGAAAAAAAACAUUUUAUUAUAUUUUAGAAAGGAAUAUAAUGAUUUUGUUAACCAAAGUAUGAAGUGUUUUUUUUAUUUAUUACAUAUUGUCGAUCACUCUAAAGAGAGAUAUUUAAAGAAUUUUGA